AUGUCAUUUAGCAGAAUAUACUCUGCCGUCUACUCAGGUGUACCCGUGUUCGAGAUGGUCGUGCAGGGUGUUGCAGUUAUGCGUAGAAGAGCAGACUCUUAUAUGAAUGCCACUCAGAUUCUAAAGGUUGCAGGCAUUGAGAAAGGCAAACGCACAAAGAUUCUUGAAAGAGAGGUCCUCUCUGGAGAGCAUGAGAAAGUCCAAGGUGGCUAUGGAAAGUACCAGGGAACUUGGAUUCCUUGUGCGAAAGGCAGAGAGCUAGCAGAACGAUAUAAUGUCAUGACACUACUUGCACCUCUUUUCGAUUUCGAUAUUUCUACCCUAACGAAUGAGAAUGAGGAAGAACAACUUCCCACAAAAGAGCAGGCUAUAGCUGCUCAGAGACGGAAACAGUAUGUUGAGCCACGACAAUCUACUACACAACCUUCAACAUCAAAUGCAACAAAUGGAUCCCCUGGAAAACCAUCAACUGGUAAUCGGUCAUCCAACUUAUCGUCCACACGACACAGUCAUGCACAAACUCAAAAGCAACAGCAUUCUACACCUGUUGUUCAUGAAGAAACAAGAGGACGUAAAAAGGCAAAGAUUGCAGCCACUUCUGUUCCGAAUAUUACAAAAUCACCAGAAGAAUCUACAAGUGAACGUCAUCGCCGCAUUCUCAUGGCCAUAUUUCUUUCGGAUAACUCUGACCACAUUCCUGAACUUUUAAAAGACGGUAACGCCUCAUCUAUUUUCAAUAUCGAUCUUGUGAUUGACGAUCAAGGUCACACGGCAUUACACUGGGCAGCAGCAUUAGCACGUAUAAAAACUGUUGAACUAUUAGUAUCAAAGGGCGCUGAUAUCUGCCGUCAGAACUAUGCGGGAGAAACCCCACUUAUGCGUGCUGUCAUGGUAACCAAUAGUUACGACAACGAAUCUUUUCCUUCUAUCCUUGCUAUAUUAGAAGACUCUGUACGGAUAACAGAUCAAAAGAAUCGGACAGUACUUCACCAUUCAGCACUUACGGCAGGAGUUCAUACCCGAAUGAAUGCAGCUUUAUUUUAUACUCGAAAUAUUAUUCGUGUACUUACUACUCAAGGUCUUAUUAAGCCAGCGAUUGAUGUACAAGAUAAUAUGGGAGAUACUGCACUUACAAUCGCCGCAAGACUUGAUUGCUCGGAGAUGAUCGAGUUGCUGAUACAAGCAGGUGCCAAUAGUAAGACCGAAAAUAAGAUUGGCCUAGUACUCGAAGACUAUCAAUCAAAGGAUGACCGAACAAAUAUAACCGAAUCUUCGUCCUCAAAAACAGAUAAAUCUUUUACAGCAACGUCAAUGUAUGCUAAACGUUCUUAUGGUCCUAGCCAAAGAGGACGUGAAAUUGUGUCCACCGUUCAGAGAAUUGUCGACGCAUUAGAUGAAGAGUACAGUGGUCAGCUGACUGAAAGAGACCAAGAACUUCAGCAGACGCAAGAAGAAUUUGAAAGGGUAACAAAGCAAUUGGAUGAGACACGAAAGACUUUGGAAGAACGACAAGCCCAAUCCCAGCAACUUUCAGAAACGUAUCAAACGAUUCGUGAUCUUGAAGGGGCACUUCAGACUGGGUGGGCAGAACUAGAGGAAAUACUUCAAAACCGGGGGGAUAUGCCUCAUCCAGAUAUGAUUGAUUCGUUUGAUGAAAACGAAGACAUCGAUGCUUUAUUUGAUGUUCCUGUUACUGAUACCGAAGACCCAAAUCAGCUUCAACUGCAGGUUCAGAUGUUACAAGCGAGAAUUGAAGCUUACAAACGGAAUGACAAAGAUCUAGAGUCAGAUAUCCAGAGCUUGCGGACACAGGCCGCUGAUAAAGAAAUGCAUUGUAAACGGCUGAUUGCGGCUUGCUGUAAUCUAUCUAUUGAUAAGAUUGACGAGCUCGUAAAGCCUUUGACACAAGCAAUCGAGAGUGACCCUCCUGAUCUGGAUCUUGCUCGUGUUAUUGGGUUUAUGGAGAAAAUCAAGCGCCAGGGCACAUUUCCAGACUAUUCUUCAGCGUCAUCCUCGGGAUCUGGUAGUAUUCCUGGUCUUUCUGUGACAUCGCAUAUUAAUAAUGGUCAAAGUAAUGGUGACAGUUCUAAAUCUAUAGAGAUGAAAUUCUCGCCAGCUGUUUAAAUAGCACAAAUCGACUUUGUAGGUGCCCAAAAUUGUUUCAAACUUUAUUAUUAUUUAUUUCUACUUGAAUGUAUAUACGUUAUAAGCCACAUUGAUAAGUUGUAUCUAUUGCCAAAUACCUUUAUUCCUUUAUAAAAUACGAUACAUCCGUGUGUGUAUGUGUGUGUGUAUUCUAGCUUUAUAUUCUUUUUAUAUAAAUUCACACAAGGCAGAUAGCUUAUUUAUUUCUGGACAGAAUAUAUGAAAAAGCGAUAUUCUGUAUUCGCCUAGUACAUUUAUACUUUUUGCAAAACUGAACAUGAGUAAAUUGUAUAAAUAUUAUAAGGACUUGAAAGCAUUAUAAAGACACUUUUGCUUUCGAUAUUACAAAAUUUAUAAAGAAAUAAAAAGAAAUAACCUGGUUGAGGCUCGAUCAUUAAAAUAACAUCUUC